AUGGAAACUGGGAUUCUUUCACCACAGAUAUAUGAAAAGAGAUACAAGAAGUCGAAGACAGUUGAUCUUGGGUCUUCGGAUACAAAAGUAAAGUCUUCAAAGAAAACGAAGCAGGUUCCUAUCAUUGAACCUAAGCCAAUUCAUCCAGAUCCGAUUAUUCCUGAUACUCAGGUCAUUGAAAAGGAAGUCAUUCCUUCGAAGACUGGUGUAUUCAGAAGAAUUAAGAUGAAGUCGAAGAGUAAGAGAAUAUCAUCAAGUGCGAAUGUUGUUCGUAAAACACAAGUAUCUCAUCAAGGGGUCAUUUUUUGGGAAAUUCCUACCCCUGUUUCUCAAUCAUCAAAGAAGACAAUGGCUGCUAACAUGGCUAAACAUAUUUCUAAGAAGAAGCAGCGUAAGUUGGUUUUCUCUUCUUAUUCUACAGCUGAUGAGAUAGAAGUUAUUCCAGAGACUCCAGAAACAGUUCUUAUCAAAGAAUUUUUUAAAGCAGAUACUUCAGUGACUCAACCACCCGAAGUUUUGAUUGCCAAGACAGUUACUGUGGAGGCUCGAUCUUCAGACUUCCCUAGAAACAUAUCUGAUAUGGAUAAAAAUGUCAUCAUGGGUGAGAAUACUUCGAAUGAUGCAGCUAAAGGUGCUUGCUUCCACUGGUGGCGGGUGGGCGAAGGGUCCAAAGGACACGUAGCCGAGGGCGAGUCAGAAAAUCCAAGAAUUCCAUUUUCCUUCAUGGUUUCAAUCAUCACGAACCAGGUCUUUAUAGAGAGGAGUGUCGAGCAAGCCCUUCUCCAAGACGGAUGGGGCGCUGGUUCGAUUCUAGUGCAAUACACAAGUAUUCAUGGCAUUGUUCACACUCCACAAGGGAGACUCCUAUGUCCUCGCUCUAUGAAAGCCCGAGUCCACAGAUUACUCAGCUUUCAACAACUGAUAAUAAAAAUUUCAUCGAAGUAUUCACACUUCUAA